AUGGCGCCCUCAACACUUGACCUUUUCAUCCUCACGUUUAACUGCGCCAAGAACUUCAUCAAUGCCGGCGUCUUUGCCUCGCAUCUACAGACCGCCUUCCAGCAGAAUGCUACCACAUUGCCCGAGGUCGUCGUGAUCUCUCUACAGGAGGUGGCGCCUAUGUCCUACUCCUUCAUCGGCGGCUACUUCCUGAGCCCCUACCUUGCUCGUUUCGAGGAGGCUAUUAACCUUGCCGCCGCCAAGUUCGCAUCCCAUUCCCACACCGACAACGAAGAUGAACCCGCGGUCAUCAUCGAACCGACCGUGGCACCCGUGCCGGUACGGCCGUACACGCUUGUCCGUACCCGUAAUGUCGGCAUGACGGCCAUCAUGCUCUUCGCACGCGAUCCUACCGCAAUACAGUCCGUCGAGGAGGCCGAGGCUGGCUUUGGUGCUGCCGAGAUGGGGAACAAGGGUGCUGCAGGCUUGCGUAUGCUAUACGACAGCCAGGACCAGGAGCCAGGCGUCGGACCAGGGCGAAGUAGCGAGCUCACUUUUGUGGCAACGCAUUUGGCGGCCAUGGAGUGGAACCUGCCCCGGAGAAACGCCAACUGGGCCGCCAUCAUGCGCGGCCUGACGUUUGGGAAUCCAGAGGAGGUUCUAAAGCAGAAACGGAAAGCGAUUGCAGAGGCGGCGAGUGCCACCGGGGAAGCCGGCGCUCCUUCGUCCAGGCGUGACGAGGAAGAAGACGACGCCGACAGCGCCACCGAGACCUCUGAUGAAGGGCAGCGGUUGUUGCAGGACGAGGACCACGCUCUGGACGUGGCUCUGCGAGCCCAGCUCCACGACCUUUCCGUGUUUAAGCCGAGCUCGCACCUCUUCGUUGCCGGUGACCUCAACUACCGCAUCUCGAGCCGCUCCCCGCCUCCGAUGGCAGACUUCCCCAGCCUGGACCCCGACAGCGAGAACUACUACCCGCGCUUCUUUGCCCUGGACCAACUGACGCGUGAGCGGCGAGCAGGCCGCACGUUUCACGGGAUGAGCGAGGCCGAGGUCCGGUUCCCGCCGACGUACAAAUAUGACGUGCUCCCUUCGAGCGGCGGCGCAGGAGAAGGAGAAGAUGUCGUGCCGUGGAAGUUCGCGCCGCACCGAUGGCCUUCGUGGACGGAUCGGAUCCUCUUCCUGGAUAUACCCCGCGGGGUCAAGCGGCGUGGGUUACCGGACGACCUGACUCGGAUGAACGUUAGGGCGUACGAUGCGAUGCCGGUUGUACGGACUUCGGACCACCGGGCCGUGUUCCUGCGUAUGGACGUCCCCCUUCUCUCGGCAGAGGAUAUGACGGCGUCUGCAGAGGCUACGGAUGAGAGCGGAGAUGCGAAUGGUGUCCUCGACCCCCGGGUUUCGCUGCCUGUGACGAUUGAUCCGGAGGCCUGGGAGAGGAGGGCGGCGGUCCGGAAACGGGAGGUGUUUACUGGCUGGAGCGUGCUCUUGUGGAGCACCAAGGAAGGUGCGCUGGUGAUAGCGACAGCAGUUGCCCUUGGCAUCGGCGCUUGGUGGUUGGUGAGGCGUCGUUGA